ACUAUGUGCCAUUAAAAACCGCCGACCCGCCCCCCGUGUCUGUGCAAGAGAGGGAGAGAGAGUCUCAGAAAUUGUUUGUUGCAUUCUCUUCUUCUCUCUUUCAGUUUGUAACUGCAACAACUAUCUGUUCUGCCAUGGCGGCCGCAAACCGCCUGCUCAGAGCGAGAGCAAGAGGUUCAUCGUUGUCAUCUAUGGCUGCCUACGUGAGGAGCUUAUCUUCGGCCGUCUUUUCCGAAUCUGACCUCCGUGUUCCUUCUUCUCUCCCUCACAAGCCCCUCUCUUUCCGUCGAGAUCCCAAAGACAGAAACGUUCAGUGGGUCUUCCUCGGCUGCCCCGGCGUCGGAAAGGGUACCUACGCCAGUCGCCUCUCCAACCUUCUCGGUGUCCCUCACAUCGCCACCGGGGAUCUCGUUCGAGAGGAGCUAUCUUCCUCCGGUCCUCUCUCCCAACAGCUUGCAGAGAUUGUAAACCAAGGCAAGUUAGUGUCUGACGAAAUUAUAAUAAGAUUAUUGUCUCAAAGGCUUGAAGCUGGAGAAGCAAAGGGUGAAUCAGGAUUUAUUCUUGAUGGUUUUCCAAGAACAAUAAGACAAGCGGAAAUAUUGGAAGAAGUGACCGAUAUUGACUUGGUGAUUAACCUAAAGCUUCGUGAAGAUGUAUUGCUUGAGAAAUGCCUAGGAAGAAGGAUUUGCAGCCAGUGUGGAGGAAACUUCAAUGUUGCCUCCAUUGACAUCAAGGGUGAGAAUGGGAGCCCUGGGAUGUACAUGGCUCCACUUCUUCCACCUCCAAGGUGUGCAUCGAAGCUCAUCACUCGAUCUGAUGAUACAGAAGAAGUUGUAAAAGAGCGGCUCCGUGUAUACAAUGAAAUGAGCCAGCCUGUGGAGGGGUUCUACCGCAGCCGAGGAAAGUUGAUGGAGUUUGAUCUACCAGGAGGGAUUCCAGAAUCCUGGCCAAAGCUGCUGCAAGCUCUGAAUCUUGAUGACCAUGAUGAUAAGCAGUCUGCAGCAGCGUGAGUUAUUAUAGCAACUAGCAAGAUAAUGUAUUUUCAAGGUAAGUAGGUCAUUCUUUGCAUGUAUGAGAUUUACAUGCACGGUGGUUUUGACAAAUGAAUAUUUUUACUGAAAUAAAACUUUGAAUUCUAGUUGCCUAUUUAAUGAGGGAAGUUGUCAAGUUGGGCUCUUGGGGAUGGGUAUCAGAAAAGGCAUGGUGUUGUAUUAUUUGGGGAGUGAAACACAAUUUCAUUCUUGAGUGUUUAGAAUUGACUCAGCUUUCAAAGAAUGACCUCUGUGAAAUAAUUUUCAAAUGUUAAAACUAGGUUUUCUGAUUUAAUUUUGCUUAAA